AUGACCUUUUCACUCAUCGCUACCGGGGAUCUCGUCCUCCACGGCCCGUUGAAGAACCCCACCGGCCCUGGCACCUUCUACGACCACGUGCGCGCGGCCGACUCGGUGUUCGCCAACCUCGAGAUGCCAUUUUCCAGUGACGGAUACGCGGUGGAAAAGCUGAUUCCGCUGAGAUGUGCGCCCGACCACGCCCCGAUCCUCCGCGAUCUCGGCAUCGACGUCGUGACGGUGGCCAACAACCACGGCAUGGACUAUGGCAUCGAGGGCUUGCGCUCGACGCUGGGGGCGCUCGACCGAGUCGGCGUUUCGCACGUGGGAGGGGGAUUGAACGUGACGGAAAGCUUCGCGGCCACGGUCAAAGACCAAAAUGGGACCAGAGUCGCAUACAUUGGCGUCACCACCACGUUGCCCAACGGCGCCGGCGCCGGGCCCAAACGGCCUGGGUUGGCCGGGGUGCGCGUCUUCACCAAGUUUGUCAUUGACACGGUGACGCUGGACGAGUCGCCGGGCAUGUCGCCGUUCGUCGAGACCAGCACGUACAAGCCGGAUGAGGAGGUGCUUCUGCAGGCCAUUAGGGACGCCAAAGCUCAGGCCGACAUCGUGCUGGUCGCCAUCCACUGGGGUGUUCCGCACGGCUGGGUGGCGUCCAGCCAGGACGAAAUCGCCACCUACCAGCAGCCGUUGGCCCAUACCAUGAUCGACGCGGGCGCCUCGGCCAUCUUCGGCCAUCAUCCCCACGUGGUGCAGGGCGUCGAGUUUUACAGAGACGUGCCCAUCUUUUACAGUCUGGGCAACUUCAUCUUCAGUAACAACAUUGUCACCCCCGACGCCAACUGGCGUACCUAUCCCGAAUAUAGCUGGAACAGUCUGCAACGGUCGCUGUCGAAUAUCGGCGCCCUGGCCAAAUUGUCCUGGUCCGCCGGAAAACUGUCCAGCUGUUCGCUCAUUCCGCUCACCCUACCGGAAGACGGGGAGCCGGUCGAGGCCACGCCGGACGACGCACAGUUGCUCCUGUCACGCCUCAAUGCGCUUUCGCACGCUCGUGGGGCCGCCGUUGAGCUGAAGAAACUGGAUCGGGGAUAUGAGUUUAUCGUCACCCAGACCCAGACGGUCGCGUGA